AUGAGAUCAAUAUCGGCCUUGGCAAGGGAGCUUUUUGAAAAGAGACCCUUAGAGGGUUAUCUCUCGCCUUGUCUUUUCCUUAAAGAGCCGUCAGAACUUGCCGUCAGCAUCGAAUCAGAAAAUCAUAGCCUCCUCUCAUCUCGUCUGGGUCAUGUGAAGUGUCAUGCCGAUCUCGUCUACCUGCUUUCUGCCUCAUUGCACUCAACCCGGAUGCAUAUGUUGCCCGGCGGUCUAUUUCAUUCAAGUCCAAAUGUGAGCUCCCUCGAGGCCGUCGAAGGCGCGUCCACGGUCAAGCCAGCACCGAUGGCCAAGCCAACAUGCGCACGAUCCAAUUGUCUAGGCGAGAUGGCCGCCUCGACGACGGGGAUGGCGAUCGCCGCGACAACGUGGAAGUCGUCGCAUCCACCGCCGCCCAGCCUCCUAGGGCCGGAACUGCUGCAGCACCUGCGAGGCCGGCAGAAAGACCGACUCCAACGCAUCUGCAAAGGCCGAGCAAAUCGCCUCAAGCUGCGGCUCCACCGAGGCUUGGCCGCCGUCCGGCCCCCGCCAGCCUCAUUCGGCUCGGCCGGCCAGUCGUUCUCGCCGGCCUGUCCAUCUCGACCGCCGCAGGCUCGUCUCGGCCUGCGCCAUCUCCGUCAACUCCGCUCCAGCCCCGAACCGGCCGAUACAAUCGGCCUUACUGACCACUCGCCUCCUCCUCCUCCUCCUCCUCCUUCUCCUCCUCCUACCUCGUCUGAUCUGCUUCCUUGCGACGAAAAUGGCGGUACCGUCACACGCUCGGCCUCAUCUCAGCGACUUGCCGUCUUGUUUGAGUCGUCUUCUCCCUCGACUCCGCCCACAAGACGGGAGUAUUCCCAGCUCGACGAGUCUGCCGACCUGCCGAUUCGGCUCCAGCUCGGCCCGAAAGGACCCCAUAUCCGACUGGCUAGUCUGCCCGACGAAUUGGCCGCCAAACUCACCAUUCGCGACGGUCUCAUCACCAGUCCGGUCGACCGGCAAACCGAGAAGGUGCUCCGCGCCCUCGCCCAGCUGCAUCAGUGUCCAUGGCUUCUGCGAUUGCCGCCCGCCCUGUUGGCCGAAUUGCCGCCGCUUUGCGCAAUCCCGCCACCGCCGCCCUCGUCGUCCCCACCGGACGACGAUGACGAUGCUGACGAAGAUUACGCCGACAACGUUGACGCCGCCAGCAACGAAGUUGACGACGUCUACAAUGGCGCCAAUGACGCUGCCGAAGGCGACGGCUACAACGGCUACGAUCUUAGCAACGGCGAAGAUAAAGAGAAGGCAAACGGUACGGCAGCUUGUUUGGCUGUGGGGCGGAGAGACGGCUGGUCGGGACGCCUCGGAGUGACGGCCGAGGUUGGCAAUAGAAGGAGGAGACGACGCAUCUCGGGAUUGGCGCGUUUGACUCGUGGCGAUAUUUGGGGCGCCGAUAGGCAAUCCAAAGCGCCGAAUCAUGAUGAUCCCGAGGCCGAUAGCAACGGCAACGGCGACGACGACGACGACGACGAGGUGGACAGUGACGAUGGCGAGGAGAAGAAUCAGGUGAGACGAGGCCAGAUGAACAAUGAAGGAGCAAGUUAUUCGUCCGUCUCUUUGGAUGAGUCGAAUUCGACCAGUUUUCUCGUUUCUGACGCCUCCUCCACGACUAUUUCUGGUCCUUCUGAGGCAACCUCCACAACCGUCGCCGUUGCUUCUUUCCGCAGACCCGAUGGAAUACAAGCCCGGCAGCUCGGCCCACCCAGCUCUACCGGCCAGCCAGAGCUGGCGAAAGCUGGACCCGAGGCCGGAGCCCCACAUCACUUGCCCCGUUGCAUCAUGACUCCGCGCAAUUCCAGACGUUCAGGACUGACGGCAACGCCGUCGGCAUUGAUUCCACCGUCAAUCAUCGAGGACAGAAGACAGCUGGCCCAGGAACAGAGCGAACCGGCGGCCAAGACGACCGACUGGGGGGCUGCGGAAUUCGGCCAGCUGUGCCCACGAAGGCCGUCGAGCAGUAGGACGUCUCAAAAGCGCCGAAAGCCUGAGGCAUACAAAUCUUUUGCUGCCCAAACAUCAAGAGGACAAAACCGCUCUUCAAAUCUACCGCUGGUCAAGCCUAGACACGCGAACCGUCAGAGCUCGGAGUCAGGCCGGAUAGAGGCGCUGCGCCAGUUCGGCUGCCAUUUCAAGAACAUCAUUGACCGGAAGGAAUUUAAGGAAUCUUUAAGAUUUGCUGACUUCUUCAAACCAAGACUCUCCUAUGCCGACUUUUAG